UCCCCUGUUAUUCUCUCUCUUUUGCUUCAAUCAGUACCCUUUCAUGGCUUCUUCUUCCUCUUCUCCUCCAAUGAAGUAUCAAGUUUUCUUGAGCUUUAGGGGUGAAGACACACGUCUUAACUUCACCUCUCAUCUACACCAAGCUUUAAAGGGGAAGGGAUUUGGUGUCUUCUUCGAUGAAGAAGAAUUGGAAAGAGGGGAGCGUAUUUCACCAGCACUUUCUCGAGCAAUCGAAGCAUCGAGACUCUCCAUCAUCGUUUUGUCUAAAGACUACGCUUCUUCAAAAUCAUGCUUGGCUGAACUCUCUGAUAUCAUGGACCGCAAGAAAACUCAUGGUCAAAUUGUUCUUCCCAUCUUUUAUCAUGUUGAUCCCUCUGACGUUCGGAAUUUUGGUGGCAGUUUCAAAGCAUCCUUUGAUGUCCAUGAAUCAGAUAGGCCUCGUGAUGAAGUGAAGCGAUGGAAAGCGGCCUUUGCUGAAGCCGGUAAAUUAAAAGGGUGGCAUAUAGCUGGAGUCCAAUUUGACAAGUAAACUAUAUUUUUACUC